AUGACAGACAUCAUCACCGUCACGAAAACCGGCCGAACAACUGCUAGGAUCUCUCUCGACGGAGUGAAUGGGACAUGCUCACAGCAGGCACUGAAGACGAAGUUACAGACGGCCGAAUCGUUAUAUGCUUCGAAGAACCCAGGCUCCAAAGCCGCGCACAAUGUUGCCUUGGAGUCGAUGCCGGGAGGUAAUACUCGAUCAGUCCUCUACAACCAGCCAUUUCCCAUCUGCAUCAAAAGGGGCCAAGGCAACCGGUUAUGGGAUGUCGAUGGCCAUGAAUACUUGGAUUUCAUGGGCGAGAUGACCGCUGGGCUCUAUGGACACUCCAACGGUACCAUUCGCGAAGCGCUUAUCUCUGCCUUUGAUCAGCUCGGCGUCAAUCUGGGUGCUCACAACCUCGAAGAAGCGAAGCUCGCAUCGCUGUUGUGCUCGAGAUUCCAAUCUAUCGAGCAUAUCCGCUUCUGCAACUCUGGCACGGAGGCCAAUCUGUACGCCCUGAGCGUUGCUCGAAAGGUCACGGGCAAGCGGAAAGUGAUCGCGUUCACUGGUGGCUAUCACGGCGGCGUGUUGGGCUUUGCUCAUGGCGUCAGUGAAAACACCGUCGACCCGGGCGAUUGGGUUCUCGGGUCGUACAAUGACCAAGCGAAUCUUUCAUCUCUGUUCGAGUCGCAUGAUGAUAUCGCUGCUGUCAUCGUCGAAGCCAUGCAAGGCGCCGGAGGCUCCAUACCAGGCGACCUCGGCUUCCUGCAGUCGAUUCAGUCACUGUCAGCAAAACACCGGGUGAUCUUCAUCCUCGACGAGGUCAUGACCUCACGGCUUUAUCCCUCGGGUCUCCAGGGCAAGUUUGGUCUCCACCCCGACCUGACCACGCUGGGGAAAUACAUGGGCGGUGGAUUGGCAUUCGGGGCCUUUGGGGGCCGAAAGGAGCUUCUCCAGACGUACGACCCGCGUCAAUCUUCUGCUCUGCCCCAUUCCGGCACCUUCAACAACAGCACCUUGACCAUGGCAGCGGGUUACGCUGGUCUUUCCAAGGUCUACACUAUUCAGGCCAACCUCGAGCUCAAUGCCCUGGGCGAGUCUCUUCGCACCAAGCUCCAGACCAUCGCCAAGGGCACCAAGAUGGUCAUCACUGGUGUCGGCGCCGUGAUGACAGUGCAUUUCCUGGAACAUGGCAGGACGCCCUUGCGUGUAGAGGAUCUUGACCAUCAUUCGAUCCCCGAGCUCAAGAAACUCUUCUGGUUUUGGUGCAUUGAAAUGAGCUAUUGGAUCGCCGAAAGAGGCAUGAUCAGUCUUUCGUUGGGGACCACAAUGAAGGAUGUUGACGUGUUUGUAAAACUUGUGGACGACUUCAUCGCUGAGCAUCGAGCUGAUCUGAAGUUGGAAAACUCUGCAUAG